GCGGUCCUCGGUGGAAAAAGAUUUAUGACUUGUGUCAAUGUUUUGUACCACUAUGUAUUACGUGAACAGACUCAAGACUACAACUCCCAUGAUGCCUUGCAGGCCGUGAGUACGUAGGUGUUUCCGGUGUCGUAUAAGAUUUUACUUCCUUCUGCACAGCUCGAUGCGAACAAACCAAGAAAGAAGACGUCGCAAACUAUCAAAUGUGGCAGCAAACAGUCGGUUGUGUGUCCACGUUUCAUUCGGCGAACCUCUAAAAGUCCCCAGAAUGUGCUGAGCUCAAAUUGAAGAGCGAAGAUUCGUCGGAAACGUUGACCGCGACGUUUAGGCCUCGCUAAGAAAGUUUGGUCGAGGGCCCGUAAACAACAUGUCCUCCGCGUCGCAGCCCUCUUCAAGGCGGCAGUGGUGCUACCUCUGCGACCUGCCCAAGAUGCCCUGGGCCAUGUUGUGGGAGUUCAGCGAAGCGGUGUGCCGGGGAUGCGUCAACUACGACGGCGCGGACAGAAUCGAGCUCCUCAUUGAAACCGCCAGGCAGCUCAAGAGCACCCACGGAGUUUUAGACGGAAGGUCUCCUGGCCCGCAGCAGGGCAAAGCCAGCUCGACUGGCUCCGUGGAGGCAGGGCGGCCGCAUGGGGAACGUCUAGACCGGGGGAGGGGUGAGUAUGGAGUGUCGUCUCGCCUUCCUAAUGGUCUGCACAGAGCGGAAGAUGGAGCCUUGUCAGAAAGCAGCCGGCAGAGCCCGAACACUCGCAGGGCGAUGGCCGGGGCGAUUCCCAGCCUCCACCGGGCCACAUCACACGCUUUUGGGCUUGCUCAGGGUUUAGUAGCGUCUCAACAUGGGCUCCUAGCGCCGAUAUCCGUCUCCAGACCCGGGUCCACUCCUAUUGCGGUCUCGGCUAACCCAAUAAUGAGCGAUGCUGGUCGGAGACAGGCUGUAUCCUUAGGUGUGGGGGCAAGCACAUCCGCCUUGGUGGGCAUCGACCCGGCGGCGUGGAGGAACAGUGAAGUGAUGGCAGAACUCAACGAGGUGGCCCGGAGCAGAGUGGAAGGUUGGCCCAACCGACCCAAAGCUGUCCGGGAUGUUCUCCUGGCUCUCAGCGGCUGUGUUCCGUUUACUGUCCGCUUCAGGAAAGACCACAGUCUGAUGGGACGAGUUCUGGCGUUUGACGUGGGCUCCAUCCCGGAGUUCGAGCUGAAGGUGUUUGUGGAGUAUCCUGCCGGGUCUGGGUUGAUCUUUUCGGGAGUCGCAGACCUGGUCAGGCAGAUGUUCCGUGACGCCGCAAAAGACGCGGGGAAGGCGGUGAACUCUGGGCUGCGCUAUGUGGAGUACGAGAAGCGUCCCGGGACCGGAGACUGGCGGGGGCUGUCUGAGCUGUUAAAUGAUGGCGUGCGCACGUUCAAAGAACCGCCGAUCCCUGAGGUUCUCCCCCAGCCGGAUGCGGGGAUGCCCAUGACGGCAGCUGCACGGUCUGGUCCAGCCAAGGGCACAACGCGGCGUCGCAAAGCCUCCCCUGGCUCCGAGAACGGUGAGAGCGAAGCAAGACCCGAUCACCCUUCUAGAGAGGUGUGGUCCAGAGGAGCUUACCCGGGAAUCGAGCCACUUCCUGUGCCUACCGACGGCCCACCUCGUUUACAAAGCCAGCCCUCGCCCAUGUCGGCGCUCAUGGGGGUGGCGGACAGCCUGAGCUCCGGCCAGGUGGCCAGAGACAGCCCCGGCAUGUCCACGGGUCACUCGUCCAUCACCGGGCGCACCGCCGCCAGCAGCCCCUCCACCUCCGUCUCUCAGGCCGCCGUGGGCCUGAGCAGCAGCAGCAGCAGCGCCAGUGGGGGCGAGGCGACCGGCGGGAGUCAGGGCGCCCUGCUCUGCUGCACGCUGUGCCGAGAGCGCCUGGAGGACACCCACUUUGUCCAAUGUCCUUCUGUCCCACACCACAAGUUCUGCUUUCCCUGCACCAGAGGUUUCAUCCGCAGUCAAGGCCAAGGAGGAGAGGUGUACUGCCCCAGCGGAGAGCGCUGUCCCCUGGCCGGCUCCACCGUGCCCUGGGCCUUCAUGCAGGGCGAGAUCUCCACCAUUCUGGCCGGGGACGGAGACGUGACGGUCAAGAAGGAGAAUGACCCUUGACCUCCUCAAUGUCUUCAUCCUUGCUGCAAUGUGGACGACGACAUUGACGAUUCCAAAGCACUUCCCUACGUGUCCACCAGACGUCCUCUCUCUGUUUCUGCGGUUCAUCUCCUCUCCGAGGACCAGACUGCUGGCCAAAGGACUCAGACCCUGCUUUUCUUCAGGCCUCGUUUUCAAAGCAGACGAUUGAAAGCACACAUUUUUUGUUGACAAUCUAUUUGGUCUUUCGUGUUGUCGUGACGACAACUAAGACAGAUGGAUCAGUCGACAACCUUUAAGAUGCUUCUCAGACUAAACUUUGAAUAUUGACAAUGUGGCAGAAACCAGUUUCCUUCUUUAAGCCAAGGAUUGAAUUCCUGUGACCUCA